AUGUCUAUAGAAACCGAACAAAAGCUUAAAAGCAAAAUUUUAACCCAUGGUCUUUCAAUCAGCAAGCAAGGAAUACGAAUUGCUGAUAAGCCAGCAUAUAAUUUUGAAGCACAGCCUAAAUUCUUAACUUUAGAUGAUCAAGUAAAGCUAGUGCUCUCUACAAAGCUCAAAGAUUCUUUUUUAUUAUAUAAUCAUAUUGGUUCUUUCAAUAUCGAUUCAGAAUAUAAUGCCUGGAUGCCUGACAUUGAUGACCUUUUAUCGAAUAAGUCAAAUAAAUUACAUGUUUACCUAGGAAUACUGUGUCCAAGAGCAGAAAUUAAUUUUGAGAAUAGAAAAAUAAAACCGUUAGAGAACCUAAAUGAUGCAAUAAAAGAAUAUUUUAAUCGAUGGGAGGAAUAUAUAAAACUACAUGACUUUGGCACAUCAAAUAAUGCUAUUAUUAUGAGAGAUGAAUAUGACUUUGAUACAUCCUUUUUAACAUCAAUCAAUAACGAUAAAAUUGCAAAAGAUGAUCUUAAAAAAUGGGUGAGCUCUUGUUUAGAAAGUAAAAUUGACUCAUGGCAAGCUAUAAGCUGGAAGGGUUUAUAUCCAUUAUAUAAAAUAUUUGAUGAAUCACUUCAAAAAAAAAUUAAAUUUAUACUUGAGAUUGAUGAUCAAACAAAGACAAAAGAAAAAGUACUUAUGAUGGGUGUUAUUCCAAUUGAAGAUUCCAUUUAUUAUUAUCGUAUAAAAUUUCCAGUUUAUUUGAAUAUAAAAUUUGUAACGCAAAACGGUGAAUCAAUUAAUACUACUAUCAGAAAAUUUUCAGACUUGCAAAUAACUUGGAUAAUGAUCGGAAUACCUUCGGAGAUUGGUUUUUUUAGUAUAAACACACGAAAUAUUCCUAUAUUGGCUUUAGGAAGUCAUUCAUUCAAAAGCAAUGAAGAACAUAAAUUUACAUUACAAGCUUCGGAAGAUUUACCAGCAACCUCUGUUAUUUGUGUAUCUAUAUUGCACCAAACAUCUUUUUAUGGAAUGAAAUUUGCUAUUAAAGAUAGCAAUUACAAUGAAAUUGACAUAACAAUCAAUAGAAAUAAGAAAGAAACCAUGGAGAAUUAUAACGGUGAUGAAGAAGAUUUCAGCAGUGAAGAAGAGGAUGAAAACAAGAUAUCUGAAGACAUUCAUUUUCAUGAAUAUUUACUUCAAUGGUGUUUCCUUCCUAAAGAUCAAAAAAUCGUAGAGGCUGACAUUAAGCUUAUUCCAACUAAAGAUAUAAUAAAUUUAAAUGUAAUAGGUCAAAUGCACCAGAAUAUUCCUUCUUUACAUAAAAAAAAAGCCAAAAAUAAAAAAUUUGAUUUCAAAGAAAGUAUUAGUGAUGACAACAUAUUAAAGCAAGAAAAUUUCGUAGCUGGUAUCUUUACUGUAAUUUUAAAUCAUGUAAAGGAGUUCACACAUAAUAUUUCAAAAAUUUCAAAAUUACAAAAAUUUACAAAUGCUCAGGCCAUUAAGAACAGAUUCGACAAUAUUGUUUUAGAUUUUGAGCAAGGUGUUAGAGAUUUGAAUCCUGAGAUUACUAUAUAUAAUGUUGAAGAAUUAAAUUCAAUUAAAGAAACUGUACAAUUUGUUAAAAGCGAAAAUAUACUUUUAAUAAAUCAAGUUGCAACAAUGUCAUUAACUCUUGAAAAGAUUGAAGAUAUGAGGAAAUCUAAUUCAUACAAUAUCAACAAUGUUUUUAAAGUGCCUGAAAUUGAUUCUGAAUUAUUUCAAAAUCCAUUCGACGGAAAAAAUAAUGAUUUACGUAACAAAAUCUCAAGAAAAAUAUAUAUAAGUCGUAGGUGCUUAGAUGUAUCUAAACAACAGGAUAAUUCUGAAGUUAUCCAUUGGCUGGCUCCGGACAAAAUGUGCGAUCCAAAGAACCCUAAGGAAGUUUUGUUUCAAUAUGAUAAAAAAUCGGAGAUUUUUAG